AGCAACAAUUACUCCAAGGCGGCUGUGGAGUCACAAAAAAACAGGCGAAAAAGGGGGUUUAAGUUUCCAUAUCCGUUUGCCACCACUUCCGUCAUUCUUUUGCCUCUUUCCUUACUCUCUACGCCUUUUGUUUUUCCUUCACCUGAUAUAACCUCAUUGGUUGACAAACAUGUUUUUAAAAUUUAGAACCGAAGGCUAUAAUGGUUACUCGGUGCAAUGGAGUCCAUUUUUUGAAAACAAACUUGCCGUAGCAACGGCGUCUAAUUUCGGUCUCGUUGGUAAUGGACGGUUAUGGCUAAUGGCUGUGGGUGGACCUGACGGUUUAGUAACCGAACGAGUAUAUGAUACGCAAGAUGGCCUUUUUGAUUUGGCAUGGAGUGAAAUAAACGAAAAUCAACUGGUUACGUCGAGUGGGGAUGGAUCCAUAAAAAUGUGGGAUGUUACGCUUUCGGACUUUCCAAUUCAAAACUGGCAAGAACAUCAACGCGAAGUAUUCUCGGUAGAAUGGAACUUGAUCAGUAAAGACGUGUUUGCAAGCGGCUCUUGGGAUCAUACCGUCAAAAUCUGGAAUCCUCAAGCCCCACGAUCGCUUCAAACAUUUACCGAACAUACCCACUGUGUAUACAGCACAGCAUGGUCACCACGUAAUCCAACGCUACUCAUGUCAGGCUCUGGAGAUCAAACCGUCAAACUGUGGGAUCUCAAAGCACCACGGUCUGCGCAAACCAUCCGCGCCCAUCAGAACGAGAUUUUAUCUGUGGAUUGGAACAAGUAUCAGGAUCAAAUGUUUGUCACUGGAUCUGUUGACCGCACGGUGAAGAUAUGGGAUAUGCGUCAAACGAACCGAGAAGUGGUAUGCCUUGCUGGUCACGAGUAUGCUGUACGACGCGUCAAGUAUUCGCCUCACAGACCCAACGUUGUGGCAAGUGCAGGUUAUGACAUGAGCGUGCGGUUCUGGGACACGGCUGCACCACCCGGCAACAAUAUGAUGGAAGUGCAUGAUGCGCAUACAGAAUUUGUGCUUGGAUUGGAUUACAAUCUGUACAUGGAAGGACAAGUCGCGACAUGUGCUUGGGAUGAAAAUGUGCAUGUGUUUAUGCCGCCUUCGUUAAUGCAGCGGUAGAUGAGACUCAUCCCUCGGUUUUCGGUUCCUUCAUUUGA